GCCACAGAGAGGAGUGCGGUACGUGCCGAAGAAGCCCCGCGCCGUGGUGGCACUGACACAAGAACAACCCGCCCACCGCCUCCCGCCGCCAGACACGUCCCCGGACCUUCAGGCCACGCCGGAGAACCGGGACCGAGCCAGUCUGCAGCUCGCGCACCGCUGUAGGAGGAGCUGCUGCAAACAUCACGAGCUGAUAGAACGGAAGAGGACUCGAUACUCUGUGACAAUCUGUCAACUUCAAGUCAUUCAGAGGUGCACUCGAUUCUAAGGCAACAUGGAGGACGAGCUCAUGUUCAGCAUGGAGGAGGACGGCAGUGCCACGAGACCCCCGGUUCAGCGGCAUGCCCUCAAGCAUCGGGCGUCCUCUCUGAGCGACGCCAACCCCAGCGAGGACGACGACGACGACGAGCACUUCAUCGCCCCCCUUCUCGAUGACUCUGCCAAAGAAGUCUGCCACUAUUUGAAAAGCCUGGUUUACACCCGGCAGCUGUCAAACUCUUUUCCUAAGAGCAACUAUGUGUACAGGAAUGAGACAGAAACUGUGGCAGAGCCUCGCCAGUACAAGGUUUUGUCUGAAAGUGCACGGGCGGCGUGGAUCCAUGCCGUUGAAAAGGCCAGAGCCAUGCCCGACCCCUGGGCAGAGUUUCACCUGGAGGACAUUGUGACUGAACCCUGCGUCCGUUACAGGUACAAUGCGAUCACCGGCGAGUGGGUUCAAGACCAGAUCCACGUCAAGAUGGCUGCACAGCCGUUUGGGAAAGGAGCCAUGAGGGAGUGCUUCAGGACGAAGAAGUUGUCAAACUUCUCGCACAGCAGUAACUGGAAGUCUGCGUCGAACUACGUGGCCAAGCGGUACAUGCAGCCGGUGGACAGAGACGUUUACCUGGAGGACGUGAGGCUGCAGAUGGAGGCCAAGCUGUGGGGGGAGGAGUACAACCGUCACAGACCCCCCAAACAGGUGGACAUCAUGCAGAUGUGUGUGGUGGAGAUGACCGACAGGCCGGGCAAGCCUCUCUUCCACCUGGAGCAUUACAUCGAGGGCAAGUACAUCAAGUACAACUCCAACUCGGGCUUUGUCAGGGACGAUAACAUCCGGCUCACUCCGCAGGCCUUCAGUCACUUCACCUUCGAGCGCUCGGGACAUCAGCUGAUCGUGGUGGACAUCCAGGGAGUGGGAGAUCUCUACACCGACCCUCAGAUCCACACCGAGAAGGGGACUGACUUUGGAGACGGGAAUCUAGGUGUUCGAGGCAUGGCUCUGUUCUUCCACUCCCACCUGUGCAACAAGAUCUGCAAGAGCAUGGGCCUGACGCCCUUCGACCUCUCUCUAGGGGAGAAGUCUCAGCUGGACUGCACCAACAAACUGCUAAAGUCGGCCAAGACGGUGCUGAGGGGCAGCGAAGAGCAGUGCGGAUCGCCUCGGGUCCGGACCAUGUCGACCGGCCGCGCUCCCCUGCUGCUGUCGCGCCUGUCCGAAACCUCGUCAGCGGACGACAACAUGAGCGACUCCGACUCCAUCCCCUGCUCCCCGCUCACACUGGGCGGGUCUCUAGGCUUGUCUUUCUCUGGAAUGUAUGAACAUGAAAGGCUUCACAACAAUAACAACACAGGCGAACACAGGGAAUCGGAGAGUGGCGGGGACAGCGGCUACCCUAGCGAACGGAGAAGCGAAGGGGAUCCAAAUGAUCAUGUAGACGGGGCCUACCAUCGCUACCAGAGACACUUCUCCGAGUCGGAUGACGACAGCGUCAGACGGAGGAAGAUGGUAGCUCCUCCAAGAGUUUCUGCAAACCUCACUCAUGAAAUGUCAUUCACACCUGACCUUGACCCGCUGACGGAGGAGAAGUGGACUUUCUACCAUUCGUCUCGCGCUCACGUCCACCGCCCUUCCUGCGUCGCCACAGAGGUGGAACGACUCAACACACUUAUGCAAAAGAGGAUCGGCCAGUCAAUCCUCGGAAAGGUCCACCUGGCCAUGGUGCGAUACCACGAAGGAGGUCGCUUCUGUGAGAAAGAGGAGCAGUGGGAUCAGGACUCGGCCAUGUUCCACCUGGAGAGAGCCGCGCUGUGCGGCGAGCUGGAGGCCAUCGUGGCGUUGGGACAGUGCUACCUGCAGCUGCCUCACCACAUCCUGUCCGAAAUGGAGGUGGAGGACUGCGCCGGUAACAGGAUGAAGGGUUUCAAGUACCUGCUGCAGGCAGCUGAGGCUGGCGACCGCUCGUCUAUGAUCACAGUGGCCAGAGCCUUCGACACUGGGAUCAACCUGUCAGCUGACAGAAAGCAGGACUGGGAGGAAGCGAUCCACUGGUACGACACGGUGCUGAACAUGACGGACUACGACGAGGGGGGAGAGUUCGACGGGACGCAGGACGAGCCUCGCUACCUCCUGCUGGCCCGAGAGGCCGAGAUGUACCAGGAGGGAGGCCACAACCUCACCGCAGACCCACAGAGAGCGGGCGACCUGUUCACGGAAGCGGCAGAAGCGGCCAUGGAAGCCAUGAAAGGCCGCCUGGCCAACCAGUACUACAUGAAAGCAGAAGAGGCCUGGGCGCUCAUGGAGGAGUGAAACACGGGAGAUAAAUAUAAAUAUUUAAGCCAUUUGAGGACAUGGGAGUCAACGUGUGAUUCUGAUUUCUUUACAUUCUGGGCACAACCUGAAUGGUGACAGUUUACAUAUUUUUAAUGACAGAAUUUUUUGCUGUUAGCGGUUCUUGUGUGUGUAUGUGGGUGUGUGUGCAUUGACAUUGACCUUUCAGACAUUUACAUCCCAUCUUUCCCCUGGUUUCUUUCUCUCAGUGAUGCUAGUCAUCUUAAUUCUCCCAUAUCCUCUUUUCUGCUAGGUGAAAAUGGCUGCAUGACAAAAAAAAGAAAAAAUAUAUAUAGAGAUAUAUAUAUAAAUCAUCAAAAUGAGAGAAAUGUGUUUACUUAAUUUGCCUCAGAUUUUAACGCACUUAUGUUGAAAGAAUGGAUGUGGGUCUAAAAUUUGUAAAAUAAAGUGUGCUUUUUAUUGAUA